CUGCGGGGAAGGCGCUAAAGCAAAGCUCGAAUGGCCCUGUGAAGAAAUCAAUGCGCGAAAAGGCCGUGGAACGCAGAAAUAUUAACAAAGAGCACAACAGCAACUUCAAGGCUGGAUACAUACCGAUCGAUGAAGAUCGUCUACACAAAACUGGUUUGCGAGGCAGAAAAGGCAAUUUGGCUAUUUGUGUGCUGGUCCUGCUUUUCAUUUUGGCUGUUGUUAAUUUAAUUAUCACAUUCAUAAUUUGGGCUGUGAUUCGUAUUGGACCCAAUGGCUGUGAUAGCAUGGAAUUUCAUGAUAGUGGAUUACUGCGAUUUAAACAAGAUUCUGAUAUGGGAAUUAUACAUCCAUUGUAUAAGAGCACAGUGGGAGGUCGGCGAAAUGAAGAUUUGAUGAUCGUUGGAGAAAAUCAGCCAAUUAUAUUUCAGCAGGGGGAAACAAAACUUAGUGUGGAGAAAAAUAAAACUUCAAUUACCAGUGAUAUUGGAAUGGAAUUUGUUGACCCACGGACUCAAAACACUUUGUUUAGCACUGACUAUAAUACCCAUGAGUUUCAUUUGCCAAGUGGAGUAAAAAUUUUGAAUGUCCAAAAAGCAUCUACAGAAAGGAUUACAAGCAAUGCCACUAGUGAUCUGAAUAUAAAGGUUGAUGGACAUGCUAUUGUCCGUGGAAAUGAAGGAGUCUUUAUUAUGGGCAAAACUAUUAAGUUUUACAUGGGACGCAACUUGGAACUGAAAGCAGACAACUCCAUUAUCCUAAAUGGAAGUGUGAUGAUCAGUGUAUCCCGGCUGCCAAAUUCUUCUCACAAGGAACAAUUUAACAAUGGUGACUGGGAACGAUACAAACUUUGCAUGUGUUCUGAUGGGACGUUAUUCCGUGUACCAGUUAAGAGUCGUAAUAUGGGUUGUCAAACCUCCAUCAACCCAUGUGGUAAUACAUAUUAAAGGCAAAGCUGGGUACUAUGGAAAGAAAAGACACUAUAUUUAAGUUCAAGCCACUGCAUGUGCCAAGAUGUUUUGAGUUAUUUGUAGAAAUAUUAAGCGAAGCAGUUCUUAUGCAGAGAACUCUACAUGUAGCACUGUUGACUAUGCCAAUCAUGUUUAAGGUAUGUUCCUUACUGUGUAGAACUGCAUUUCAGUAAAGCAGUUAAACAGAAAGAUUGCUCCAAAAGUGCUUCAGGAUACUGUUGAACUGAAACUACUAAAUAAGCCUGUGUAUACUUCGAAAUAAUUUGGAAGAAUUGCUUUGGACUUUGCCAACAGCCCCUGGAACUGUUGCCAAAGGCCUGCUGUAACAUUAAUACAUAACUCAGUUUUGCUUCUGGUACUUUUACCUUUGCAAACAUACGCAUUUCUCAGAUGUUAUAUGUAGAGCUUUAUUUGGCCAUAAUUUCACUACAUUCAGGCAGCUGUUUUCUGAAGUUUAUAGGCAUUGAAUUCCAUGUUCUAAUAUUGGCUGGGGAAUUCAAGUUGAAGCUCAAAGAUCUUAAAGUUACCAAGGUUGAGAAACACUGCUCCAGUACAUGUUGGAGUAUGUAGACUUAAUGAGCGGGGGGAGAGUAGUCAUUACAAUUAUAGAAACUCAGAGCUGGUGUCUAUGCUCAAGCAGCUACAGGUUGUGGGCCUAUUUAUUCCCUUUUCCUGCCAAGUUGAAAAAUCACGUUUUUUCUGAGUGGUACUGCUUUGAAUAAUUUGGGUUCGGCAAAGCUCAUAAGAGGAUUAUUAGCCUAUGCUUCUGCCCAAAUACUGUUGGUUCAUUUUGGAAAAUAUCCCAAACAAAAUUGAAAAUGUUUAAAAGAAUUAUUUUGGUGUGUCAAUUUAUUAGAUAUGGUAUUUCUAAAUGCUUCAGGUACAGGUCCCAUGAAAACUGAAUAAAAUUAAAAACAAAAACAAUAUUAAUUAGGUCUGCCUUGUCAAAGAGCAUGAAUUACAUUGGUUUACUGCAAAUAUAAUUCUGCUUCAUUGCUAGUCAAGGUUGGGCCGUUUGAAGGUAUUUCCGUGCUUAACGUUGUGUCGUCCUCCACUCAGUCUUUCCAUCCCCACCUUCAGUUUUGAAAACAAAUAUUGUCAAUUGAGUGCACUAAUGAGAACGCUAGCCACAAUUCACAGCAAAGCAUCUUCUGCAGCUUUGACUGUAUGCAAAUAGGCAAACUGCUUGACAUUAUCUGAUUAGAGCUGAUGUAGUUGUAAUUUUGCUUCAGAAGCACAGAAUGCCUCUGCAGAAGUAGAGGGAGAAGGCAUGGCUCAGUAGGUGAACAAUUGGGCUGCAUCAAGGCACUGAUCUUUCUGAGGGGUGUGGAAUAUUUAAAACUGUCUAGACUAAAGGUACUGUUGCCUUAAAUACAGGACAUCUUAACAAGCAGUAAACUUCAAGCAUUUAUAUUUAUAUAUACAUUUCUGUAGGAGUCAGACCUCUGUUUGCUUAUAUCAGGUUGUACAAGUGGUAGGAAAAAACUCUGGUUUUGAUAUUUUUGUUAAAUGUAAAAGAUUCCCUUUCCCAAUUCAUUUCUAUACAGAGGAUACACCGAAAGUUGUUAGUAAGUGAAUGCUUAGAUCUUGGUGCUUUUGUUGAAAUAUUUGAAGAAAUGGGUCAGUUGGAACUGGUUAUAUCGACAUGGAGAUCAGAUUUUGUCUUUGCUGUCAGAAUUGCCAGUGCUUGAAUAAAUAUUUGAAGUAAGACGUUGUUAAGGGCCACUCCAUUCAGGAGAUUGUGCUCUGCUUGCAUAAGGGGAGAGAGGUGAUAAAUUGAAACGUGAUGCAACAAAAUGAUGCAGCUAGAUAAUUUGGAGUUUUAACAGUUCACAGAGAAUAUUCAAUUUAUAGCCUCAUAUAUCUUGUGGGGUGGGAUUAGUCAGUCUUGUGAGCAAAGAUCUGCCCAAUUCUCAGCUCUGUGGCCGUUAUGGGCCAGGCUUGCUCUGGAUUGAAAUCACUUGCUAACAUGGGCAAAUAAUUUUAUUGGACACCAUUUCUGUUAUGUUCUGCCCUUGUGGUUUUACUUAAGCCUAAUUUUAAUUGUAAGCCACCCUGCCGGGCUCCUCUAGAAGAGCAGUAUCGAAAUUGUACUAGUGUUGUUGAUGCUGUUAUUGUUGUUAUUUUGAAAUGUGGCUGUUUCUUUUGACUUAUUUCACAGGGUUAAUUUUAAUUGGAAUACUGUUGAUCAGUGAGCAUGUUCUUGCAUGCCAUGUAGGGAAGAGAUAAAAGCCUACAUUCCAGUGAUGUACAAGCACUUGAAUUAAUGUUCAGUCCUCCUCAGUCAGCAGUCCUCAUCCAUGCCCUAAACGCCACAUGCUGUUUAUGUAUUUCAUGAUGUUACAGAAACUGGUAUGAGAACUGCUAAAAAUAAAAAAUCCUCACAAAAUCAGUGUAACAUUAGAGGUGAUUCUGUUCUGUUCUGUUCUAUGCUUUGCAAUUGUUUUUAUCUGUGGAAGAAUUUAAAGGCAUUUCAGAGGCUAAAAGUUGAUAAUAUUAAAAGAAGAAACCCUCUAAACUUGGAAACCUAGGGAUGUUUAAAACUACCGAAAGAGUGUUAAGAUAGCGGUUGCAAGAAGAGUUAAGUGCAAGUUUAUUGUUCCAUGACUAAUUCAUUUCAUAACACAUUAAAAAAUGCAUUUUGUUAUGGGUUGUAUACGCUUUAAUGCAGUCUUUCUCAACCUUGGCAAUGAUGGCUGUGGGAUUCUGGGAGUUGAAGUCCAGACAUCUUAAAGUUGCCAAAGUUGAGAAACACUGCUUUAAUGUCACAAUGAAAUAGGGAGUUUACCACAAAGAGGUAAUGGUAUCUGCCACUAGGCUUUGGCAACUGCUUUGACAGAUACUAAUAUUUGAUAUUGGGCAUCUUAACUGUUUUAUAUUUAAUUGCUCAUAAUUAUAUGUUAACAUAUUAUGUAUGUAGAUAACAAUGAUUUUCUUACAAGGGUGUUUUAAGGUUCAGGUAUGAGUAUAUGAAGUGCCUGGAAUACUUAGCUCAGCAGUACAGGCUUAAUUCACAGGAUAUGUGUAUUAAACAUGUGUAUUAAGGUUUGGAUUUGAUUAGAAUAAUACAUCUUUUUGAUUUCUUGUUAUACUGUAAGCAUUGGCAGGCCAUAUGAAAGAAAAAAGAAUUGCAGUAAGAAUUGCAAGAGAACUUUUAGGUCCUAGAUAUUCACAAAGGAAGAAUGAAGUGACUGGCUUGCUCUGCCAUAGUUUCUAGUGUCUAACACAGGAUUCAUAGGCACAAUCGGCUGAGCUCCUUAGCAAAUCAGUGUGCAAUAAAAAGCCCAUAUAUAUAUAUUUAAAAUGUUCUUAGUAGGGUAUAAAUACUGUUGUGAAGAGUUUGAUGAACUUGAUAAUAGAACUGAGCAAUGAUUCAGAAUGACAGAAGUGUAAACACAGCACCUGAGGCUCAUUAAAGCAGUCUUGUCUGUUUCCAGGUGUAAGUGACUGCAGAAGUCUCUCCCAAAGCUUCCCCACUGCAGCUGAGUGAACUGGGAAAGAGAUACAGCUGUUUUCACACUCCUGAGUUCUAUAAAUUCUGAAGUACCUCUUCUGCAUUGAAUCUGAAGUACUGUACAGCCUUAAAUUAUAAAUCCUUCCUCAUGCUUUUGGGGGAAGAUGUGGGGCUAGCAUUAAUAGGAUCAGCUUUUUUGUAGUGAAAUAUUGGAAUUCAAACUUACGUUGUGGUAGUUACUGUUACAACUGAAUGGGUGGCAGAAUUACUGUUCAUUUUAAAUCUCAUUCAUGGAGCAUGUUAUAGAGUAAUAUCUUUGUUAUUUUGUAGCACUGUACCAACAGAUUAAAAUGACAAUAUUCCAGGUAACUUAAAGCUUCUGAUCUUGUUAUUUGAAUCAUCCAUAGACACACAAUAGGUAACACAACAAAAUUGAAUAAUCAGCAUUUACCAAUUUAUUUUUCCACUGUGGUGCUGUUCUUAUUUGACGUUUGCUACUAAUAAGUUAUAUAAAAUGGAAUAUUUAACUGGUGUUUAACUGUGCUAUAUUGUGUAUGUUUUAAAGCGGGAUUUUUAAAGACUGCAUUUAUGCCUUAGAUUUCAUCAUAUUACUAUGAAGCAGGUUGGAUUUCCCAGUGCCAAAGGAAGUUCUAUGUAUUUGUAAAACUUCCCUUUUAAAUAAAGAAUAUAAAUUAA